AUGAAAGGAUGGAUUGCUAGGACCGGGAUGAUUGAAGGAGAAGUGAGAGAAUUAGAAACCAAAUACAACAAUGAAAAGAAGCGGGGAUGGAGAUUGGAUCGCCUUGCAAAUCUCAGUAGAGACAUGGCCGAGAAGUUUAACCAAGUUCGUAGUCAUCGGGAAGAGGGAAACCUUCAGAAAGCAGCAUUGGUCAUGGAAUUGCCAGUGCCUGUCAGAAAAAUACAUACACUUAAACUACAAGACAACUCAUCAUUGCACAAAGCUGUACAACAUGUACUGAGGUUUCUAGAGGAUGAACAAAUAAGAAGAAUGGGAAUCUGUGGAAUGGUGGGAACCGGGAAAACCACAAUAAUGCAGAACUUGAAUAAUCAUCAAAAAGUCGCCGAAAUGUUUGAUAUGGUUAUCUGGUUAACUGUCUCAAAGGAGUGGAGUGAAAGAAAGUUGCAAGAUGCAAUCCUACAACGGCUAAAAUUGGAUGUGGAAGGCAUUGCUGAUAUUGAAGAAGCUGCUUUGAGAAUAUCAGAAGAAUUGAAGGAAAAGAAGUGUUUGAUUCUUUUGGAUGAAGUGUGGGAUAUGAUUGAUCUGAACAGAAUAAUAGGAAUUGAUGAUAACCAGAAGGACAGCAAGGUGGUGUUGACGAGUAGAUAUGAUGAUGUUUGUCAUGAUAUGGAAGUCGAUGAGAUAGUCGAUGUGGAACAAUUGUCACUUACCGAUUCUUGGAACAUGUUUGAAGAAAAAGUAGGCCACCUCAUUUCUAACCCCUUAAUUGAACCAAUAGCUUGGUGUGUGGUUGAAGAGUGUCAUGGGUUGCCACUGCUGAUAGACAGGGUCGCAAGAACUUUCAGAAAGAAGGAGAAAAAUGUUUCGCGUUGGGAGGAUGGAUUGAAACGUUUGCAAAGAUGGGACAGUAUCAAAAUUGAAGGCAUGGAUGAAGUGCUAGAACACUUAGAGAUUUGUUAUGAGGAUUUAAAAGAUGAUGAACAGAAGGUUUGCUUUUUGUAUGGUGCAUUGUAUCCUGAAGAAAGCGAGAUCUAUGUAGAUUACUUGCUAGAAUGUUGGAGAGCUGAAGGUUUUAUUAAUCAUGCAAAUGAUUUCAAACAGGCACGUAAUAGAGGGCAUACAGUACUGAAUGAGCUCAUCAAGAUAGGAACCCUAGCCCCAAAUCUUCUAACAACAGCCAAGACAAAGACCAUCAGCAAACUCAAUGGCAACCAGUCGAAACCCAUCUAUCAUCGCAUCGGUGAUAACAUCAACUAG